AUGUCUUCAUCUGAUACUGAAACGGUACCGGCUACAAGAUCCACUAGUGGUAACAAUUUCAUUGAGUUUCCAUUUCAUGACGAUUUAUUUCCCCAAUUGCAGCAUAACCACAACCACCAUAAUCAUAACCAACAGUUUCCCCUCAAUGAACCAACAUCUCAAUUACCUUUUUUGCUACCUUUCCACAGUCAAUAUCCACUUAAUGAUGAUCAGGAUAUUACAUAUUUGCAGGAACAAGAAUGUGCUAAUAGCCAGCAGCAGCAGCAGCAGCAGCAGCAGCAGCAGCAGACACAACACGUGAUGUAUAACCGGGCAUUGUUGGCUGAUAUAUUGAGUGGAGACAUUCAUGAUGGAAUCGGCAUGCAACAGCAGGAUAGGGAGAGGUUUGCUCCUGUUAGCCAAAGUGAUGCAAACUAUUACUAUAAUGAAGACUUUUCGGAAACGUUACUGCGCCAAUCUCAAAGACCUCCUCAAGAAAGCACAAACACAUAUAAUGGUAUUAAUCUUGUUCCUAACCAAUCAUUUCUAACCAUUACUUCAAAUGUUAUACCUGAUGAUCUAGUUCAAUUAUUUCAGGAGUAUGGUAAUAUUAGCGAGCACAGCAUUGCUGCACAGGAUCAUGCAGUUUCACAGGAUCUUGAUAAUUACGACGAAGAACCAAGCAUGCAGAGGUUCGAGCCAGAGUUGAAUGCAACAACUGCAAGUAGCAUUUCACCGGAAUCCUAUGGAUAUAUGAAGUUCAUACUUGACUCUUCAAACGCUCCUAUUGACGGUGGAUUUAUUAGUGAAAAUAGUAGUAAUGAGAAUUUCAAAUUGAAUAGCCCUUCUCAACCUGUUGAAUUGACUCAUGAUCAAGUUAUUGAAUUGUUUGAAGAGACAUGCAAGGAGAUUGAUGAAUGGAAAACUAAAACUCAAAGGAGUUCAGCAGCAGCAGGAGCAGCAGCAACAACAAAAGUAACAGCAGCAAAAGUGAAAAAUGAUGAUAUCAUUGAAGAUGUGAAAUUGAGCAAAUUGAAACUCAAAACCGACGUAGACCCUUUGGUUUCAAGUAAUUCACCAUUGGUUCAUCCUGACCUAGAUGCGGCUCAUUUAAUGAAUAUAGUUGAUGAAUGGAAAAAGAUGGAAAUGAACCGCAAAGAAGAAGAUGCCGGUGUGGGGGGUGUAAGUAUGGGUGGUGCCGGUGCUGGUGCUGAAAAAUUAAAGGAUCCCAUUACAAAUAUGCCAUCUGCGUCAACCUUUAUUAGUUCAACGACAACAAAAAGAUCAUCAUCAGUAAGCUCUUUAAAAUCAGAUACUCAGCUGCAUCUAUCAUUCAACCAGAAUCCGUUAAGUUUCAUAUCAACAUUGAGUUCACCCUUGGAUAAAUCAAACACCUCAUCAGGUAUUUCAACCCCUAGAAGGAAGAGAAAGACUGAUGCAACCAAUAACAACAACAGCAGCAGCAACAACAACACAAAACAAGUCAAAAAGAAAACUAAGGGAGAAACUUUGUUCAAUAACAAUUUCAAUAAAAGUUUUUUUGAAGCUACUAAUGUUGAUUUGUCCCUGCUUGAAAUCAUCUCAGUUGCUGAUGAGGAAUACUCUGCAAAACUACCAACAACUUCACCAAAUAUUCCCGAUGCGAAGCAUUGUUUACAAUUGAUUGAAAAAUUGAUCCACCCGCUUUUUAACUCCCAAACUUGUCGAGUUCGAAGAACAAUGUACCUUCGAGACUACUUGGUUGAUAUAUUCCGUACUCACUUUAGCAAAACCUAUAACCUCUCUCCCAAUGCCAACUUUAAGAAAACAUCAUACGAGUCUCAAUAUAUCUUGACGAAAUUGGACAAGUUUGGAAAACCCGAUAACGCAACUCGUGCUGGUCUUUGCCCUUACUGCGAAUCAAUUGAGUUUUUUGGACUCAAAAACUCGUCCUAUGGAAAUCACUUGGCUUACAAACACGGUAUUUUAACCAAUGGUAAGGCUGUUCCUGAUCCCAAAUACCACGGUUUGUACAAAUUCAAAAAGGGCGAAUACGAUGAACCAGAAAAAAAAAGACGAAAGACCAAUGCUCAUAUUUUGGAAAGGGAAGGAGUUUUAUGCACAACGUGUUGGCAAAUCCUAGAAGUCAAUUGUACUUCAAGAUCAUCUGUUUUGGGGCAUUAUCUUCGUCAUUUUAGAGACUCUCAUGUUGGAUACAAAAAAGAAAACAAACACUUGGCUGAAGAAAGUAAUGGUGAGUGUACGAAUCAUGAUGAUACCAACAAUACAAACACGAAUUCACCAUUUUCGCUGACUAAAGAUUGCGACAAUAUUGUCCUGGCUUUCAUUAACAAGUGGAAAUAA